AUGUUGAGAUCUACUGUUUCAAAAGCUUCUCUUAGAAUUUGUCGUCACUUUCACAGAGAGUCUAUUCCUUACGAUAAGACAAUCAAAAAUUUACUGCUUUCUAAGGACACUAAGGUGAUCUUUCAGGGGUUCACAGGUAAGCAAGGUACUUUCCAUGCCAGUAUCUCUCAAGAAUAUGGUACGAAUGUUGUUGGUGGUACAAACCCAAAGAAGGCGGGUCAAACACAUUUAGGCCAACCUGUUUUUGCCUCUGUCAAGGAUGCAAUUAAGGAAACUGGUGCCACUGCAAGCGCCAUCUUUGUCCCUCCACCAAUUGCUGCUGCUGCCAUCAAAGAAUCUAUCGAAGCUGAAAUUCCUUUGGCUGUAUGUAUCACUGAAGGCAUUCCUCAACAUGAUAUGCUAUAUAUCGCAGAAAUGUUGCAAACACAGGAUAAAACAAGAUUGGUUGGGCCCAACUGUCCUGGUAUCAUUAACCCAGCAACAAAUGUGAGAAUUGGUAUCCAACCCCCAAGAAUUUUCCAAGCUGGUAAGAUCGGUAUUGUUUCUAGAUCAGGAACUUUGACAUAUGAGGCCGUCCAACAAACCACAAAAACUAAUCUUGGUCAAUCUCUAGUUAUCGGUAUGGGUGGUGAUGCGUUUCCUGGUACUGAUUUUAUUGAUGCCUUGAAAUUAUUUCUAGAAGAUGAAACUACAGAAGGUAUCAUUAUGUUGGGUGAAAUAGGUGGUAAAGCCGAAAUCGAAGCUGCUCAAUUUCUCAAAGAAUACAACUUCAGCAGGAGUAAGCCGAUGCCGGUGGCAUCUUUCAUUGCCGGAACUGUUGCUGGUCAAAUGAAAGGUGUUAGAAUGGGACACUCCGGUGCCAUUGUAGAAGGAUCUGGUACUGACGCUGAAUCCAAAAAACAAGCUUUGAGGGAUGUUGGUGUUGCCGUCGUUGAAUCUCCAGGUUACUUAGGCCAAGCUUUACUGGAUCAAUUUGCCAAAUUUAAAUGA